GUUCCAGGCGCUCCGUGUCGAGCGCCGGAGUCCGGAGCCGUGGCUGCCACGGGCGGUGGGCUGGCGGAGGAGAGCUCCGGACCACCAGCGCAGGCUGCCGAGCCCGGGCGGCGGCCCGCGGGGAAGCUUCGAGGCGCGGGAGCAGCCGGGGGACCGCCUGCAGUGGAGACGCGAGGACUCGGGCUGGGGUUUCCUCACCCUGGUACCGUAUUAUCCCAUAAAUUUGGUAUCCUGAAAUCUGAGGAUUCUACCAAGAUAAUAUGAUAGGAACUUUCAGUGAUUUGGGGCCAUAUCCUACUUAGACUAAUGUGGAAUUUCCAGAUUUUCUGAGAGUUUGGUACAGCAGCACAUACUGCUUGCUAAUCAGCACAGGCAAUAAUGCCGUCUCUGCCUCAAGAAGGAGUUAUUCAGGGAUCCUCUCCCCUGGAUUUGAAUACAGAAUUACCUUAUCAAAGCACAAUGAAAAGGAAAGUCAGAAAGAAGAAAAAGAAGGGAACUAUUACAGCAAAUGUUGCUGGGACAAAGUUUGAAAUUGUUCGUUUAGUAAUAGAUGAAAUGGGAUUUAUGAAAACUCCAGAUGAGGAUGAAACAAGUAAUCUUAUAUGGUGUGAUUCUGCUGUUCAGCAGGAGAAAAUUUCAGAGCUGCAAAAUUAUCAGAGGAUCAACCAUUUUCCAGGAAUGGGGGAGAUCUGUAGGAAGGAUUUCUUAGCAAGAAAUAUGACCAAAAUGAUCAAAUCUCGGCCUCUGGAUUAUACAUUUGUUCCUCGAACAUGGAUCUUCCCUGCUGAAUAUACUCAAUUCCAAAAUUAUGUGAAAGAAUUGAAGAAAAAACGGAAGCAGAAAACUUUUAUAGUGAAACCAGCUAACGGUGCAAUGGGUCAUGGGAUUUCUUUGAUAAGAAACGGUGACAAACUUCCAUCUCAGGAUCAUUUGAUUGUUCAAGAGUACAUUGAAAAGCCUUUCUUAAUGGAAGGUUACAAGUUUGACUUACGAAUUUAUAUUCUGGUUACAUCAUGUGAUCCACUAAAAAUAUUUCUCUACCAUGAUGGACUUGUGCGAAUGGGUACAGAGAAGUACAUUCCACCUAAUGAGUCCAAUUUGACCCAGUUAUACAUGCAUCUGACAAACUACUCCGUGAACAAGCAUAAUGAGCAUUUUGAACGGGAUGAGACUGAGAACAAAGGCAGCAAACGUUCCAUCAAAUGGUUUACAGAAUUCCUGCAAGCAAAUCAACAUGAUGUUGCUAAGUUUUGGAGUGAUAUUUCAGAAUUGGUGGUAAAGACCCUGAUUGUAGCAGAACCUCAUGUCCUGCAUGCAUAUCGAAUGUGCAGACCUGGUCAACCUCCAGGAAGUGAAAGUGUCUGCUUUGAAGUCCUGGGAUUUGAUAUUUUGUUGGAUAGAAAACUAAAGCCAUGGCUUCUGGAGAUUAACCGAGCCCCAAGCUUUGGAACUGAUCAGAAAAUAGACUAUGAUGUAAAAAGGGGAGUGCUGCUAAAUGCAUUGAAGCUACUAAACAUAAGGACUAGCGACAAAAGGAGAAACUUGGCCAAACAAAAAGCUGAGGCUCAAAGGAGGCUCUAUGGUCAAAAUUCAAUUAAAAGGCUCUUACCAGGCUCCUCAGACUGGGAACAGCAAAGACACCAGUUGGAGAGGCGGAAAGAAGAGUUGAAAGAGAGACUUGCUCAAGUACGAAAGCAGAUCUCACGAGAAGAACAUGAAAAUCGACAUAUGGGGAACUAUAGACGAAUUUAUCCUCCUGAAGAUAAAGCACUACUUGAAAAGUAUGAAAAUUUGUUAGCUGUUGCCUUUCAGACCUUCCUUUCAGGAAGAGCAGCUUCAUUCCAGCGAGAGCUGAAUAAUCCUUUGAAAAGGAUGAAGGAGGAAGAUAUUUUGGAUCUUCUGGAGCAAUGCGAAAUUGAUGAUGAAAAGUUGAUGGGAAAAACUACCAAGGCUCGAGGACCAAAGCCUCUGUGUUCUAUGCCUGAGAGUACUGAGAUAAUGAAAAGACAGAAGUACUGCAGCAGUGACAGCAGUUAUGAUAGUAACAGCGGCUCUUCAGAAUCUGACGAAAAUGAAAAAGAAGAGUACCAAAAUAAGAAAAGAGAAAAGCAAGUUACAUAUAAUCUUAAACCCUCCAACCACUACAAAUUAAUUCAGCAACCCAGCUCCAUAAGGCGUUCAGUCAGUUGCCCUCGGUCCAUCUCUGCUCAGUCACCUUCCAGUGGGGACACCCGCCCAUUUUCUGCUCAACAAGUGAUAUCUGUGUCACGGCCAACUUCUGCAUCUCGGUCACAUUCUUUAAACCGUGCUUCCUCCUGCAUGAGGCAUCUGCCUCACAGUCAUGAUGCCUGCUCUACCAACUCGCAAGUGAGUGAGUCUUUGCGGCAACUGAAAACAAAAGAACAAGAAGAUGAUCUAACAAGUCAGACCUUAUUUGUUCUCAAGGACAUGAAGAUCCGGUUUCCAGGAAAGUCAGAUGCAGAAUCAGAACUUCUGAUAGAAGAUAUCAUCGAUAACUGGAAGUAUCAUAAAACCAAAGUGGCUUCAUAUUGGCUCAUAAAAUUGGACUCUGUAAAACAACGAAAAGUUUUGGACAUAGUAAAAACAAGCAUUCGUACAGUUCUUCCACGCAUCUGGAAGGUUCCUGAUGUUGAAGAAGUAAAUUUAUAUCGGAUUUUCAACCGAGUUUUUAAUCGCUUACUGUGGAGUCAUGGCCAAGGGCUGUGGAACUGUUUCUGUGAUUCAGGAUCCUCUUGGGAGAGUAUAUUCAAUAAAAGCUCGGAGGUGGUGACUCCUUUGCAGCUCCAGUGUUGCCAGCGUCUGGUAGAACUUUGUAAACAGUGCCUGCUAGUGGUUUACAAAUAUGCAACUGAUACAAGAGGAUCACUCUCAGGCAUUGGUCCUGACUGGGGUAAUUCCAGGUAUUUACUACCAGGGAGUACCCAGUUCUUCUUGAGAACACCGACUUACAACUUGAAGUACAAUUCACCUGGAAUGACCCGCUCCAAUGUCUUGUUUACAUCCAGAUAUGGCCAUUUGUGAAACAGAAGGGAAGACUGCCAUUGGUUAUACAUAAUAGCAAUUCAUUUUUUUCCCCUGAAGUUGAACAUGCAAAGAACAUGACCAUUAAGUGCUGUUUUAUGUAUAUAAGACAUAUAUAUGUGUGAAAAUAUAUACACAUAUGCACUCAAAUAACAUAUAUUUAUUAUAUUAAAUAAUAUAUGAAAGAAGAAUUAGCAGAACAUGGAAUAUAAGACUUAACCUUUCUGGAAAUGUAAUAAACCAUGUUAAAAUUGUUUACACAAAUAUGUGAAUGUCUAGAACUUGCUAGGUUUAUAAUUAAUUCCUUCCUACUAGAAAUGUUAUUUUUGCUGCAGAGUAUAUAAAAAAAUUGAUCUUGAAGAUCCCAUUACAGUGUUAAAUUAUUUUCUAGAUAACAUGCCUUUUGACAUGAAAAAGGGUUUAGUAUAAUACCUUAAAAAUUCUCAUAUAUACUAGCCAUUUUAAAUGAAACAAAAAGAUUUAGAAACCUGGUGUUGCUAAGAUUAAGACAUUUAAAAUGGGUUUAUCAUUACUAUAGCACACUGUAAAGUACUAGAAAAUUCAUAACCUGAUUCUCCAACCUUUUUAUUUCUCUCUGUGGAAAUUUAGCUGCUUGUAAUAACAUAGAUUUUCGGUAAGGAUCUAGUGAGAUCUAUUAUGAUCUAAAAUGGAAGACAGGCUGGGGGCAGUGGCUCAUGCCUGUAAUCCCAGCACUUUGGGAGGCCGAGGUGGGUGGAUCACCUGAAAUCAGGAGUUUGAGACUCGCCUGGUGAACAUGGUGAAACCCUGUCUCUACUAAAAACACAAAAAUCGGCCAUGGUGGUAAGCAUGUGUCAUCCCAGCUACUUGUGAGGCUGAGACAGGAGUAUCACUUGAACCUGGGAGGCAGAGGUUGCAGUGAGCCAAGAUUGUGCCAUUACACUCCAGCCUGGGUGACAAGAGUGAAACUCCACCUCAUAAAUAAAUAAAUAAACAAAUAAAUAAAAUGAAGAUAAAAAUAAAUAAAAUAGAAGACAAUCCAGUGGGUUAAAAAUAAAAUGUAAACUUUCAUUUUUACUUUUCAUAGAGAAUCACAUAAAGGAACAGAAAAUGGUGGUAACAAAAUCUUUCUAUAUGGUUUUUAUGUUUUAUACCACUCAUUUUUAUUUGGAAAGUGUAUCUUUGAUGGGUUUAACAUAUGGUUAAAUUCAAUUUCUCCUGUUUUGCAGAAGUAGAAGAGCUGACAUUUUAGUGUCAUAGGAUAAUGAGACAAACUUAUUUUUAUAAAUUGUUGAAACCAACUUAUAUUGUAAAGUCUAAUACAGUAGUUUCUCAUUGCACCAUAGAAAACAAUUAAAGGAUUGUGAAUAGAAUAUUUUAAUUACCACAUAUUACAACUCAUCAAUAUACCCUUGAGGGUUUUUUAAAAAAUCAAAACAGAGAACGAAGUGUUCUUCUUGUCCAAAAUUAUUAUGCAAAAGCUUCAUAGCAGUUCCUUUUCUUGAAUACAGUUUUUAAAACCAAGAAUGAGCUUUCAGUUUUCCAUAAAAAUAUAAACAGCACUACCUUGACAUUGAAAUCAUUAGUGCAACCAUCACUUCUUAGAAUUUAUUUAAACUUCCUCCCUCAACAGUUUUAUUUUCUCCCAGCUGCUAAUUAUUUUCCAAAUUCAUGAAUGUUUUACCUCCUUUUUCUGUUAUAAAAGCUAUUUCAAGAAAUGGCCCCAAAGCAGGAGAACUGAGAGGGGCAAGUUGGCCUGGUUUAAUUCACAGCCGGAAUAAUUGGCAACCCAAAGUUAUAAGUUAGAUGUAUUUUGCUUUUCAAGCCAUCUUCUGAGUCUUUUUUAGGCUGAAAUAAUUUGUUUCUUUCCUAAAUUAUUGCUAGCUACUUGAUUCUUUAUGACUACCUAACAUCCAUAUUUGGUACUUUUCCUACUUGCAUUCAUCCCAAAGAAGACUGCUAUUUUGUGGAAGAAGAGAAUAAGGGUAUCAGAAUGAAGGAAAUUACAGUGACUACAUUGUUUAUGACUCCAUUUUGUAAAUUCUUAAAUAUGUUACGGAUUUUUUAGAAAAAAUAAUGCCAAAAUUGGGAUACUACAGAAUCACCUAAGAAUGAUCAACAAGUAAUAAGUCUUCAAGGAGUUCAUUUUUCUUUUAAAUUCAUGAUUUGGCCCAUAUAUAUAUAUAUAAAGAUAUAUAUAUCUAUCUUUAAGUGUCUAUGAUAUCGGCCCAGUUUGCCACUCAUUUUGCAUUAUCUUAAAUCACAAAUGGUUACUUUGUUUGCUAGAGUGUGUGCUUUGCAA